CGACACCCUCCAGAGGCCGUUUAGGACCGGGAACGAGAGCACCGGGCCUCCAAAAGGAUGAAGUAUCUUCUUGACUUGAUCCUGCUGCUGCCUUUGCUCAUCGUCUUCAGCAUUGAGUCUCUUGUCAAGCUUUUUAUUCCCAAGAAGAAAAAAUCUGUCGCCGGAGAGAUCGUCCUGAUCACCGGAGCUGGUCAUGGGAUUGGAAGACUGACUGCCUACGAAUUUGCCAAACUUAACACCAAACUGGUUCUCUGGGAUAUCAAUAAGAACGGCAUCGAGGAAACAGCUGCUAAGUGCAGGAAGCUGGGUGCCCAGGCCCAUCCCUUUGUGGUGGACUGCAGCCAGCGGGAAGAGAUUUACAGCGCUGCGAAAAAGGUAAAGGAAGAAGUUGGAGAUGUUAGCAUUCUGGUAAAUAACGCUGGCGUUGUCUACACUGCAGACUUAUUUGCUACGCAGGACCCUCAGAUUGAAAAGACUUUCGAAGUCAAUGUGCUUGCACACUUUUGGACCACCAAGGCAUUUCUCCCAGUGAUGAUGAAGAAUAAUCAUGGCCACAUUGUCACUGUGGCAUCAGCAGCAGGCCACACCGUGGUCCCCUUCUUGCUGGCUUACUGCUCCAGCAAGUUUGCUGCCGUUGGCUUCCACAGAGCCUUGACUGAUGAGCUGGCUGCCUUGGGACGAACAGGAGUGCGAACAUCGUGCCUCUGCCCCAACUUCAUAAACACCGGCUUCAUCAAGAACCCAAGCACCAAUUUAGGACCCACCCUGGAACCCGAGGAGGUGGUGGAACAUCUCAUGCACGGGAUCCUCACUGAGAAGCAAAUGAUUUUCGUUCCGAGUUCCAUAGCACUUCUGACAGUAUUGGAAAGGAUCGUCCCUGAGAGGUUCCUGCAAGUCCUAAAACACAGGAUCAACGUCAAGUUCGAUGCAGUUGUUGGGUACAAAGACAAGUGACGCAGCCUGCUCCGGUUCCCUGAAAGCCGAUUGACUGGAUCAAAGUUGAUUUCUUCUAAUAUUAAUCAAAAGUUUGAUGUUUUUAAUGUUUUCUCUGUAUCUUGUUUCUUCACUGUCUCCUCUUGAAGCUGUGACCAUUGUCAUGAAAGCCAGUUUCAUGUCCUAGACCCAAACAGCCCUAAGGAAGUUGCGCCUAUGGAAAAGGCUGGGGGGGGGGGGGGACGACGGUGGGACGGAGGGGUGGGGGAGACGGGGGGGGGGGGGGGGGGACAGGACGGGACACGACGACGGGGACGAUGACGAUUGAUUUCGUGAUGAUAAUUUCCCCAGAUUCUGUGGCUCAUCACCAGGUUUUCAGAGCUUGUACUGUCGGUUUUCAUUUACAGUGUCUGUAACUGCACUUUGAGUUUGUAUAAUUCACACUUCCUGUUCUACCCCAUAUAAAAUUAGAAACCUUAACCUCUCACGGUGGAAUGAAGGACUGAGUGUAGUGUCAUUUCACAGCGGAGUCAUGUGCUCUGUAACGUUCCAUUCCGUGGAUCAGCGCUAUUUCCUGAGAUACCAGCCCAAGGGAGCUUGGAGGAAAAGCGUCUGUGGGAUUGCAGUCUGCGUACUGGAAAACACGCGGACAGAUGGACAGACAGAAAUAAUAAAUGGACCAAAUCUCACGCUCAGUGUCUCCAUCUGCUGCAGAGACCAUGGCUUGACCUUUAAAUAAAAGGAAAAUCAAUGACUCGAUAAAGUA